UCCAGCUGCUGAAAUGUCCAGUCUCCGUCUUCCAUUCUUGUGGCUCUUUCUCCUUUUCCCGCUGGCCUCCAACUCUGCCUCUGAAGGAGAUGACACCAUCGUGGUCACCAGCAGUGGCCCGAUCAAAGGCAGGCGUCUCCAGGUUGGCUCUGGCUCCGUGACUGCUUAUCUGGGUAUCCCCUACGCAGAACCGCCUGUGGGGAAAUUGCGCUUCCAGAAGCCCCUUCCUCAUCAGCCCUGGAGUCAAGUCUUGGAGGCUACCAGCUUUGGCAACUCCUGCUCCCAGUUCCUUUUUCCUGACUCCCCCCAAUCUUCAAUGUGGACUGUCUGGCCACCACUGUCAGAGAACUGUCUCUUUCUGAAUAUCUGGGCGCCCCAUCCAAGGCCUCCUACCCCAGUGCCUGUCCUUGUCUGGAUACACGGUGGGGGAUAUAUCACUGGCACGUCUUCUCUGGAGAUGUAUAAUGGGGCAUCCUUAGCUGCUGAGGAGGAUCUCGUAGUGGUCUCCUUGAAUUACCGCUUGGGGGCUCUGGGCUUCCUUUCACUACCACCAAGUGCCCCAGGUAACGCUGGCCUCUGGGACCAACAGCUGGCCCUGAAAUGGGUGAAGGAGAAUGCAGCUUCCUUUGGAGGAGAUCCCACACGGGUGACCAUUUUCGGACAUAGUGCUGGAGGAGCCUUGGUGGGUUUCCAUCUCCUCUCCCCAGAAAGCCAGCCCCUCUUUGCCCGGGCUGUGAUGCAAAGUGGAACUAUGAAUGCUGUCUGGGCUUGGACAAGUCCUGAGGAGGCCAAACAGAAAGCCCUUGAUCUGGCCCAAAAGCUGGGCUGUAUUCAAGAUGAUGGCGCUGAUGUGGUGACAUGCCUGCAGGGAAAGGAUGUAGGGGGUUUCACUCAGUAUGAGUUAUCCGCAUUGAAUAACACAAUGCUUCUGUACUUUCCCUUCACGCCCACCACUGAUGGAGAAUUCCUUCCCAAGGACCUGCAG